AUACAUGAGAUAGACAAAUACCUCAAGGAUCCUUUAGAAUCAAUAGGAAGGAAUGCUGAGAAAGAAUAUGAGGAAGAUGAAAUUGUCAUUGAUGAAGAAGUGAUUGAAGAGGAUUAUAGAAUGUUUGAUGUUCUAGGUUGGUGGAAAUCUGCAUCUGUCAAAUAUCCUAUUUUAGCAUUAAUUGCUAAAGAUGUACUUGUUGUCCAGGUUUCAACAGUUGCCUCUGAGAGUGCUUUUAGCACUGGUGGAAGAAUUAUUGAUUCAUUUAGGAGUUCCUUAACUCCAACUUCAGUUGAGGCAUUAAUUUGUAUGCAAAAUUGGCUUCGAGGGGAUGACAUACUCAUUCAGUUCCAAGAUGAACCAUGUGCAGAAGAGCUGGAGUUUUAUGAAGGCAUUGAGACAGAAUUGGCGAAUGAAAAGGCUGGGAGCUCGGUUAGCAAUGAAGAUGAAG